AUGACCGAUUCCAAUGGACAGUUUCUCAGUAGCAAUGUCAACCCAACGUCCACCCUUUUAGAGAAACCAAUGGUGGCUCCCAUAUUGCAUGCUUCGACCACAGAUCACAUGGUGGCUAGUCAAAACCGCGGACUCCAAACCACGAUGAAGCACGACGUAGCCCCCAAGAGAUUCAAGAGUUCCUUUAUUUUUUUCUCCAUGGAAAAGCACAAAGAGAUAAAAGAGCAGCUAGCGAAAGAUGGAAAGGCAACAAAGACUACAAAUAUAACCAAGAUAGUAUCAGAUGCGUGGAGAAAUUUAUCUUCUGAAGAUAGGGCGAAGUACAAUGCCAUGGCUUCUGAAGAUAAAGAGAGAUACGACACUGAGAAAGCUGCGUACAGUGCACCACCCGGUGCUUCAAAGAAAAAGACUCGCACACCCGGAAUGCCACGACGCCCGAGCUCAGCCUUCUUGGCUUUUGCAAAUUGCAGACGAGCGCAAGUGAAGGCCGAGAAUAUGGACAAAUCGAACGGAGCCAUAUCGAAGAUCCUGAGCAUAAUGUGGAAGGAAGCCGACGAGGAGAUAAAAUCAAAAUACAAGAGUGACGAAGCGGCUCUUUGGAAAAAGUAUAAGACUGCCAUGGAGGAAUGGCGGAAGAAAGAAGGAUCUAUCAAACAAGAAAAGGGGGCAACCUUACCGCUAGCUUCGAUCAACAGGAAUCCUGGUGCUGCAUCAGCAUAUGCUGCACUUCUGCACGGUGGUAUCGAUCCUUAUGGUCUGAGUCUCGGACUUUCUGGAAGUCUAUUGGGAAGCUCACUUGGAUAUUCAACAGAUUUUCUAAGUCCGUCCCCUAACUUAGCUAUGCUGUCGGCUCUAUCGCGCCAACCUUUGGCGACAUUCCCUUUUGAACGGUCACAUUCACUUUUGUCGACACAGGCACUGUAUGGACUGCAAGAGCCAUUGUAUACCAGCUCAGCCCACCAACUUUCAUUGUCUCGUAUGGCGGCAUUCCUUGCUGCGGAAAGAAGAGCGGCAAGCCAAGGAAGUGACGAGGGGAAUACAAAGACUGUCCCUAACCCCCCCGAAAGCGACUCCUAA